GCUACUUUCCAAUCUUCAUCUCACUCACUGUCUUAAAUCACAAACAACAAACUAAAACAUCCCAAAGAUCCCUCCUUUUCAUCUUUGAAUUCAAUACUUUGAUGAUGGAGAAGUUGUUCCCUGAUUUGAAGCGAGAAUCAAUGCAAGCAGCAAUGGAGGAUUGUGAUGGAAAUGGUGGUAAAGAAGAAGAUGAAUCAGAUGAUACAUUCUAUGAAGAGAUUGAAGCUCCAAAGUUUGUGGAUUUCACUGUCUCUGAUGAUCAUCGGUAUCGGCGCGAUGAUCCUUCUUGGUUUUGUGUUCGUGUUGGAUGUGAUCAAAUGCAUGAAAUGGUUGAUCCUGAAGCACUUCACAAGAGUUUUGUUCUUCGGGUAAUGGCUGCAAGGAGUCCAAAUGUUAAACUUCGGAAAGUGUUAUACAAGCAAUCUACAAGCUCUACUCCGAAAUGCCCGAAAUCUGCACCGCCGAAACCUGCAAAUGAAAGAGUAGUGAAAUUUAGCAGGAUUACUUCAGUGCAUGAAAAUACUUGUAUUGCUAAAAUUAAAGAACACCCAAUCUCUAGUUUGAGAUCGACACCGAAGAAACUUGACACUAAUAAUACUAAACCCCCUACAACACCGAAAGUUCGGCAAACACCGAAGAAACAAAAGUCUCAAGUUCUGGCCUCGAAGACAACAGAAAGCAGCGCGGCAAAGAACACACCGAAAUUUCGUAUUUGUAGUUCUUCCAAGUGUGCCACAUUUGAUGCUAAAUCUUGUAAACAAGAAAGAACUCCAUUGAGUGUAAAGAAGAAGAAGAAAAAUGAAGAGAUUAGUAAGAAUGUAUCUGUUGUCAGUAAUGUACCAUUAGAGUACAUCGACGAAGAUGACGAUAAAGAGAAUGCACCGGAUAAUCGAAACACGAGCAACAUGAAUUUGGAGAAACAACAAGCUCAAAAAGAGAAGUCCUGCAAGAAGAUUAAGCCAACUAAUCCAAAGCCAUUCAGACUAAGAACUGAUGAAAGAGGAAUUCUCAAAGAAGCAAAUCUUGAAAGAAAGCUUCAAAACUCUGUUAAGAAAAACAUCACACCUAUGACCACCAAACAGGGAGAUGAAAUUCAGUCAGAAAAACAACAGAAGAUGGUGAAGUUGGCAACACCAAGCAAAAUGUCAGCAAAGAAGAACACAAAUAUGAAAGGGAAAAAACAAACAACCAUUCCAAAAGAACCAAAUUUUCAAAGAAUUCAUCUACCAAAAGGUUGCACAAAGAGGCAAGAACAACCUGUCAAGUAGUGGAAAACUUUAUCUCACUCAAUGUAUUCUCAUUUUUUUAUUAAACAAAGGUGAGGAAAGAAACAAAAAGGAUGACAACUAAUUGCAUGACAUAUGUCAAAUGAGAACAUAUAUUGAUCUUGAGCUUGAUUUCUUCAACAUGCGGACAACCAACCAAACUCUCUCAUUGA